AUGUCAGAAAUACAAGAUGAAAAGCAAAAUAUUAUUGUCGACAAUAAUGUCAGCAAAGAUAAUAUAGUUGUAGAUGAAAAUGUUAGAGUAGUUGAAGAACAGCAACAACAACAACAACAAUCAAACUCUGAAGUACAAAAAGAAGAAGAAGAAAAAGUUGAAUCAAAUGAAAAUAGUAAGAUAAAAUCAAAUAAAUUCAAUAAAGAUGAUUAUGAAAGAUUAAUAACUGAUCCUAUUACAAUAUCAAUCAUGGAGGAUGCUGUAAUUUCGACUUGUGGACAUUCAUUCGAUAGAAAUUCAAUUGAAGGUUGGUUGAAAAGACAGCCGAAUUGUCCAUUGUGUAAAAAACCAUUGACAAUCAAAGAUCUGACACCCAACUAUACAUUGAGAGAGUUGAUUCAACAGUUUGAUAAGUUGCAGGAGAUAGAACUUGAAAAUGACGAUCCAAGUAAAAGAGUAAUCGAUAGCAAAGAACAACAGGAGAUUGCAUCUCAAAUCUCUAGUAUGUUAGAUCAACUUACAGUUCUCUCAAGUAAAAUCAACCCAAACAACAACAACAAUAAUAAUAUCAACAGCAGCAGCAACAACAAUGUAAAUACAAAUGUAAAUAUAUUACCAAAACCAAAGAAAGAUAUAGUCAUAAGAGAAUUAUUAGAGAAUGAAUGUAGUUUAGCAGCAAAACUAAUGGAAACAUCUUGUCACAAUGAUGUUUAUUGGAAGAAAUCAGGUGGUGAAUGGUAUUGUGAAAAGAUGUUAAGCUAUGCUGUCAAACGUGCAAGAGUAUGGGGUCUAUUCUACAAGAAUAGCGCAUCGGAAUCAAGAAAGUUAUCUGGUUUAAUGAUUUGUCAACCUCCAGGUCAAAUCGGUGUUUCUGUUAUGGAGAUGGUUAAAGUUGGAUUUGCAGCAGCACCUUUAAAGAUGGGAAUGGGUCCACUCUCGAGAGUGUUGGCUAUGUUUGACCUCUCAGAGAAGACGCAUCAACAGCUAACUAGAGAUACACCACACUGGUAUAUCAACUGUAUAUGUAUAGAUCCUCAGUUCCAAAAUCAAACAAUCGGUACUGAACUCAUAGACACUGUAAUAAAACUGGCAGACUCUCAGAAAGUUGCAAUCUAUACAGACACAGCAAGUCUUUCGAGUCUUAGAUUUUUCGAUCGAUUAGGUUUCAAAGUUUUAAGACAUGUUAGUCCAUCGUUUUGUCCAUUUUGGGCACUUAUGAGAUAUCCUCAAUCAGAAUAG